AUGUUCUCCAGAGUCUCCUCGCAGGCCGGCAGGGCCGUCUCCCGCUCUGCGCUCAGGUCGUCCGUCUCCCGCACCGCACUCAAGGAUGCCAGGAGGACACUCGUUCAGCCGUCCGGCGCUGACAGGGCCAGCGUCGUCGAUGUGCCGUCCACUUACGAGGGUGAGGAUCACUUUACGCCUCGGGCAGAUAUGCUCGGGUUCAAGCUCGAGACACCGAACCGGGAAGGAGUAUUAGGCGAGAAGAUUCGCCCAAUAUAUCUCGACAUGCAGGCAACAACACCCGUUGACCCGCGGGUACUGGACGCCAUGCUGCCAUAUUUCACGGAUAUGUACGGCAACCCACACAGUCGGACACACGCCUAUGGGUGGGAGGCGGAGAAAGCCGUCGAGGAUGCGCGGAAGAACAUCGCAGAUCUUAUUGGCGCAGACCCGAAAGACAUCGUCUUCACCUCGGGUGCCACCGAGUCAAAUAACAUGGCCCUCAAAGGUGUCGCACGGUUCCACAAGGAUCGCAAGCGGCACAUCAUUACCACGCAGACUGAGCACAAGUGCGUGCUCGACUCAUGCCGCAAGCUACAGGAAGAGGGCUUUGACGUGACGUACCUCCCUGUCCAACAAAACGGCAUCAUCGACCUCGCCGAACUGGAGGCCGCGAUUCGCCCGGACACCUCCAUCGUGUCGAUCAUGACUGUCAAUAACGAAACCGGCGUCAUCCAGCCUAUUGAGGAGAUCGGCGCGCUCCUCCGCAAGCACCGCGGGAUCUACUUCCACACGGACGCCGCGCAGGCGGCGGGCAAGAUCCCUCUCGACGUGAACGAGGCGAACGUCGACCUCAUGAGCUUGUCCGGCCACAAGAUCUAUGGCCCGAAGGGCAUCGGUGCUGCAUAUGUCCGCCGGCGCCCACGCGUAAGACUGGAGCCGCUCAUUGACGGCGGAGGCCAGGAGCGUGGUCUGCGCAGCGGAACUCUCGCCACGCCCCUUGUCGUCGGUAUGGGUGAGGCGGCGCGGAUCGCGAAGCAGGAGAUGGCGGUGAGUGUUCAGCCCUUGCGACGCCUUUCAGACCGCCUCAUUAGGGGCAUCAACGCAAAGGUCGACCACGUCGUCCGGAACGGAGACGUAGAUGGCUUCCCCGGAUGCGUCAACCUCAGCUUCGCGUACGUUGAGGGCGAGUCUCUCCUCAUGGCGCUGAAGGAUAUCGCGCUUUCGUCCGGCAGCGCAUGCACAUCCGCGUCGCUCGAGCCGUCGUACGUCCUCCGUGCGCUCGGCGCGGCCGAGGACAUGGCGCACUCGUCGCUGCGCUUCGGUAUCGGCCGCUUCACGACGGAGGCAGAGAUCGACUACGUCGUCGACAAAAUCGUGUCCGUCGUACAGAGGCUGCGCGAUAUGAGCCCACUGUGGGAGAUGGUCCAGGAGGGCAUCGACAUCAACAGCAUCAACUGGGCUCACACUAGGCGUCCUCCUCGUCCUCCCCGUCUCAUCCCGCUCGUGUGGCGUCGUAGUUGGUCAUGUGGUGUGUGA